AAAAGAAAUAUUAAAUAUUAUCAAUAUUUAAAACUUUAUAAAUGGUAAACUCCAGCUUCCGCUAACUGUCGUAUAUGAGAAUCCAAACACACCGAAAGUGGGACAAAACAGCACGGUAUUAAAGUGUUCGCAUGGACCGAGCUGCAGUCAUCAAUCUCUCAUCAUCUCAUCAGUCACACACUUUAAUAACAGCACACACACUCUCACACUGAUAUUGUUAAGCCUGUAGUGUUCUCCUCGUUUUCCUGUUUCUGACCUGUUUGUUGACUACUUAUUCCUCACCUCCUCAUGGGUCAGGUAGAGAAUGGAAAUGUCCUUCAAGAUGGUUUAACGUUUAACUGGUCACAGACUGGAGGACAGAGAAGUGAGCAUCAGUUUGAGUAGUGAGAAGCACCCAGUGCACUUGAUGCUGCGUUUAUUUUUUAAGGUUGUGUGAGUCCAUUUGAGUGUUUACAGACACUUUUUGUUGGCUUUUGAAACUGAUAACAUGAGGUUGAAUGUACACAACACAAACUAACUACAGCUCUGCCGAGAGUUUUUAAGUGUGACUGAAAGACUUUAUGUCAAAGACCAUUGUGAAAUGAAACCACUUCCUGUGUAGCCUGAACACUUUUGUAAACGUUAAUAAACAUUUCAAAGACAACUGCUCAUCUGUGAAGACGUACUGUCCGAUAAAGUGAGAGAUGGAUUUAGAAGCUAUUUAUCAAAAUAUUGAUCGCAGAGAUACUGAGAGCACAACUGGAGCUCAAACUCAGAGUCACGGCCGGGAUGAAGGAAAAGAUCUCCAGCACAGAGGAAGUAGACGUUUGGUGUUGAUCUCAGUGGGUCUCGGGCUCAUUUGUGUUCUUCUGCUGGUCUUCAUCAUACUGCUCAACAUCACCAUCACAGCAGAGAGAGACCUGACAAAUGGUUACAAGAACACAGUUGAAGAGCUCAGUCAAACCAUCAACAGCUUACAGGACAAACACACUGAUCUAACACAGAAGAACCUGGAGCUGGAGACCAAAGUAAAAGAUCUCACUGCUGAGAAAAACCAGUUACAGAGAGAUUUUGAUUCUUUGAACAAGAAGGGUCCAGUUUGUUUCUUCAUGUCCACUGAGUUGAGCUGGUCUGACAGCAGACAGUACUGCAGGGAUCGUGGAGCUGAUCUGGUCAUUAUCAACACUGAAGAGAAGCAGAGGUUCAUAUCUUCAUUAGUCAGUGAGAGAGUGUGGAUUGGUUUGUCUGACUCAGAGAACGAGGGCGUCAUGAAAUGGGUGGAUAAUUCACCACUGAAACAAGGGUUUUGGCUCAAAGAUCAGCCAAACGACAGUGGAAAUCAGGACUGUAUUGAACUGAAUUAUGAAAGAGAGAAGCCAGGAUGGUCACCACUGAACAGCUGGAAUGAUUUUUCAUGCUCUGUGAAGAAAAAGGGGAUUUGCGAGAAAUAGGGUUCAUCUCGUCUUUUGGUUUUGCUUUUAUUAUCUAAUAUAAUCAUUCUAAUUGUAAUCACAUAUGUUCUGAUUGAGAUCCCUGCCUUUGAAAUUUGUUAGAAGGAAAAUGUGAAAAUGUAAUUUUCUUAUUGUUAUAAUAAUCUUUGUUUCUCAUGAUGUGAAUUUGGUGAUCUAGGACACAAAACCUCUGAUGUAUUCAUGUUUUGCUGCAUCACAAGCAGCUCUAUAUUAAUAUGAUCUUAGUUCAACUGUUAUCAUGAUCUCAUGUGUUGAUCUUAAGUGUUGAGGAGACAAUCACAGUAAACUACAGAAGUCUAAAGUGUCCAGAUUACUCUUAAUCACCUUCUUACUCUUAU